GAUUUUGCCCGAUAAACCGUCAUCAAAUGGCUACUACAGUCUUGGGAGUCGGCACAGGCGUUUUGGUCAUCACUGCUGUUUGGAUCGCGACUUUUGUGCUCUGGUUGUUUCUGCUGAGGGCAUCAGGAUCAUCUAAGCUAGGAGUUAUUCCGGUCUUCCUCUUGGCUCUCAUCAUUACCCUGGCACUCGUGUUUUUCCCUCGAAGCCCAACAACACCAUCUGCUUCCAAAGACAAAGAAAUAGUGGACACUUUGUUCAUCGCUCGCUACGUGCUGCUGGCUUUAGCGAGUGUGAUCUUUCUCUGCGGGCUGUUCAUGCUCCUCCCCUUUCAUUUCUUGGAGCCAGUCUACGCUAAAGCUUUGAGAACACACUAGAAGAAUUGGCACUGCAUCACAACGCCGCCCGCCCAUGUCAACGACCAAAAAAAGAAGAGAAGCCAGCAAGAGGCCCGCUUUAUCUUCAUCUGUGGAACCCAAAUAAGUGAAGAAACUUUCCCAGGGCCAACUUGUCAUUGGUUGGAGAAUGGCUUUUGCAUCAACAUGUGUUCUUUUCUAAAAGCCACUAGAUAGACACUGUCGUAAUGCCUUCACUGUCAAUUUGGAUCAUUCCAAUGUUCUCAUGCUAUGUAUAAUCGAGCAGAUGCUUCUGGUGAGUUUCUCAAUAAAACACUCGCCCUCUUCCUGUUUUGAA